ACUCUGUCCCUAUGGUUCAUUUGAUCACACACACACACACGGCUAUAAAAGGCUGUGGCUCUCCUCAUCCUAUUCUCCUUACACACAUACACACACAACAUCCAGCUUCACAAUGCCGGCUGAUUACAAUGGAACGUGGGAGAUGGUCAGCAAUGAGAACUUUGAAGAUGUCAUGAAGGCUUUGGACAUCGACUUUGCCACCCGUAAGAUCGCAGUGCAUCUCAAACAGACUAAGGUCAUUGUGCAGAAUGGAGACAAAUUUGAGACCAAAACUCUCAGCACCUUCAGAAACUAUGAGGUCAACUUUGUCAUCGGGGAGGAGUUUGAGGAGCACACAAAAGCCCUGGACAACAGAGUUGUUAAGACCCUGGUGACGUGGGAUGGUGAUAAACUGGUUUGUGUCCAGAAGGGAGAAAAGGAGAACCGCGGCUGGAAGCAGUGGAUUGAAGGAGACCUGCUUUACCUGGAGAUACAUUGUCAGGACAAAGUCUGCCAUCAAGUCUUCAAGAAGAAAAACUAAUGCUUCCUAAAUAACUGGAUAUUCACUCCUGGGUUUGGAGUUGUGCUGUGCAUAUUUAUUAAAGCAAUUUUAAUAAACAGCUUCAACCAAAAACAUUCAUUUGGUCCUCCAUGUCGGAGGAUUUCAAUGCAGCAAAUAAAAGUGCCCAAUAAAGGGAUUUCUGAUAA